CCUCUCCCGCCUUCCCGCCGCUCAUACUCGCUAUCGCGGAUUCUUAACAUGGGUGUCGUCUCGAGCUGUUGCGAGUCUUGCUUCCGUCCGGGGAAGUCGACCUACGAGCCGCUACUUCUGGAGAACGAGCGGGAGGCGGUAGCAGAUCUGUUGCAAUACCUUGAGAACCGGACUACGACCGACUUCUUCAGAGACUCUCCGCUUGCGGCGUUGACCACACUCUCCUUUUCCGACAAUGUCGACCUUCAACGGAGCGCCGCACUCGCAUUCGCCGAAAUCACUGAGAAGGAGGUCCGCCCCGUAGGCCGCGACACGCUCGACCCCAUCCUCUUCCUCCUCAGUAGCCAUGACACCGAAGUGCAGCGGGCUGCCAGUGCGGCUCUGGGGAACCUCGCUGUAAAUACUGAGAACAAGCUGCUCAUCGUUAAGCUUGGGGGCCUGGAACCUCUCAUCAGGCAGAUGCUGAGCCCAAACGUUGAAGUGCAGUGCAACGCGGUUGGGUGUGUCACGAACCUGGCAACACAUGACGACAACAAGACGAAGAUCGCAAAGUCCGGUGCCCUCGUUCCUCUCACUCGUCUGGCACGUUCCAAGGACAUGCGGGUACAGCGCAACGCGACGGGCGCGCUUCUGAACAUGACCCAUUCCGACGAGAACAGGCAGCAGCUCGUUAACGCCGGCGCGAUUCCCGUGCUGGUUAGCUUGCUUAACUCACCAGAUACGGAUGUGCAAUACUACUGCACAACUGCCUUGAGUAACAUCGCAGUUGAUGCGCACAACCGCAAGAAACUGGCGCAGACGGAGCCCAAGCUUGUCUCGAGCCUUGUCCAACUGAUGGACAGCCCCAGCUUGAAGGUCCAAUGUCAAGCCGCGCUAGCCCUUCGCAAUCUCGCGAGCGAUGAAAAAUAUCAGCUCGAGAUUGUGAAGGCCGAUGGACUUACCUCGCUGCUCCGCCUCCUGCAGUCUACCUACUUGCCAUUGAUUCUCUCUGCUGCUGCCUGCGUACGGAACGUGUCGAUUCACCCGCAGAACGAGUCGCCUAUCAUCGAGUCUGGCUUCUUGCAACCUCUCAUCAACCUCUUGUCCUUCAAAGAGAACGAGGAGGUGCAGUGCCAUGCGAUCUCGACUCUGCGUAACCUCGCGGCAAGCUCCGAGAAGAACAAGCAGGCUAUCGUGAAGGCUGGUGCAGUGGAAAGUAUCAAGGAGCUUGUGCUGGAGGUUCCGAUGAACGUUCAGAGCGAGAUGACGGCGUGCAUCGCGGUUUUGGCACUCAGCGACGAUCUGAAGGGUCAAUUGUUGGAGAUGGGCAUCUGCGAGGUUCUGAUCCCCCUUACGAACUCCUUAAGUUCCGAGGUGCAAGGCAACAGUGCUGCUGCAUUGGGCAACUUGUCAUCCAAGGACGGGCGAACGACUUCUGACGACUAUUCGGCCUUCAACGACGUGUGGGAUAAGCCCGAUGGGGGUAUGCACAGGUACUUGCACCGCUUCCUUACGAGCACGGACGCCACGUUCCAGCACAUAGCCGUUUGGACCAUUGUGCAACUGCUUGAGUCCGGAGAUCCCCAGUUGAUCAGCAACGUCCGCAACUCGAACCUUCUCAUUCCGAACAUCCGCACCCUCGCCGAGACGCGGACGUCGACACCGACGUCAUCCCUGGGCGGCACGCCUCACUCGCACCAUUCGCAGAGCAGGUCGUACCAGGACACGGAGACGGGUGACGGGCAAGGCGAGAUCCAGAUGCUUGCGCGCCGCAUCCUCGACUUCACCGAUAGCGAGGGUGUCAUGACGCCGAGCGCACUCGCGUCGCAGCUACAGGCCAGCUCGUUCAGCCAGCGCGACGAGAGCGUUAGCGGGCGGGACCACGAGGAGCUCCGGAAGAGCGUCCGGGAAGCGUUUGCUACGGGCUCCGGCCACUAGUGGCGUCUGAGCGUCUUUCGCUCUAGAACGUCGGAUCAUCUCUGGCGUUGUUCUCCGAGAUCACUUGGGUGGAGGGUGUGUUGGGUGGUGGGCACCGGACAGUCCUGGACGAUUCUCUUCAUCUUGCCUUCAGCCCCGACUCGUUGUGUCUUCCGCUGGGUCCUGUCCCUGCAUCCUUCUUCUUGCACGCAUUGUCAUAUCCUCCGGUCCUGGUCUGUUCACAAGCUUUCGUUUGUAUCGCAUCUUUAUUUUCUCUCCCUUCCUGGUCUCCAUUAUUCGAUCCUCCUUCGAGCUACCCCUCCCGCCGUUCUUCCGCCGCAUCCAGCGAUCGUGUUGUGUUCCACAUUUUCGCGCUCGCCCUUCUCCCUCCGCUCUUGAGUCUCUACUUGUAGGACGAGGUAUAAUUGACGCGAUGUACAUAUAUGCUCCUCCUGCUUCCUGUUCUCGGCCUCGCUUCCGCACACACCCAUGUCGACACCCAUAUGCGCUGUAGAUGCAAUACAUCUC